AUGGCUUGUCCUGUCCCUUCGCCUGUCGCCAUUGUCAUGGCUGACAAAGCUAUUAUAGCACAAGAGGACGAAGACGAGUCCGACAUCCGUCGUGAACAUGAAAUGGGCUAUGAGCAAGAGCUCUAUCGUGGUUUUUCGCCAUUCAUGUCAUUUGCCUUCUGUUUCACUGCUGUUAACGUGUUCACAUCCAUUUCAAUCAGUUUCACCUAUGCAUUAAACACUGGCGGAUCGGCUAUGGCCGUGUGGUCUUGGCUCAUUGGAUCUACUUUUACAAUUCUUGUCGGUAUGUCAUUGGCUGAAAUUUGCUCUGUAUAUCCAAGUGCUGGUUCUGUCUAUUAUUGGGCUGGUCAACUAGUAUCUUCUCAGCAUGCUCCAUUGGCUUCAUUCAUUUGUGGUUGGUUCAAUUUUAUUGGCAAUGCAGCAGCUAAUGCUGCAAUGUCAUCCGGUUUCGCUACCAUUGUUAAUGCUGCUCUUGUUCUUGAUGGUAAAGAAUCAUUGAGCGUAGGAGCGCAAGUGGGGAUUAGUAUAGGAAUUACCGUUGUAUGGGCCAUUCAAAAUGUAUUCCGUAUCGAUCAACAAGGAUGGCUCAAUAAUCUUGCUGCUGUCUUUCAAAUAACUUCUGUAAUUGUUGUUGUUAUUGUUCUCUUGGUUAUGACGCCUGAAAGAGCUUCUGCUCGUGAUGUUUUUACAUCCACAUACAAUGGUACUGGAUUUCCAUUUGUAUACAUGUGUUGUAUUGGUAUUCUUUCGACAUUGUUUUCAUUGGCCGGUUACGAUGGUAAUAUUUAUUGGAUAGCAUAUAUUGUUACUUUAGUAUUAUUUCUAAAUUUUAUAGCCGGUGCUCAUUUGGCUGAAGAGACUCAACACGCUAGUCGUGCAGCUCCCAAAGGGAUCAUAGGUACUUGCAUAAUCGGUGCUAUUGUUGGCGCUGCUUACUUACUCGCUCUGCUCUUCGCAAUUCCGAACAUGGCUUCAUUUAUGGAAAACAAUAAUGGUGACCAUUCUGCGGUCAACUUGGCAGUCGCAACCUACCAAUUGGCUGUGCCUCAUCGAGGUGCACUUGCACUCACAAUUCUUCUUGUACUUAAUGUGUAUUCUGCCGGCAUGUCAUCAAUUACAGUGACCAGUCGGAUUGGCUUUGCUAUGGCACGUGAUGGUGUAUUUCCAUUUUCGUCUUCUCUUCGUUGGAUUUUUCCACCAACUAAAACACCAUUGGUCAUAAUAACUUUUGUUGUAAUUAUUGAUUGUCUUCUUCUUUUACUCCAACUAGCAUCAACCGCUACUUUUGCUGCCAUUAUCUCGAUUGCUACACUAGGCUUCCAAAUCUCUUAUGUCAUGCCUAUUUUCUUUCGAUGUACAGUUGCUCGAAAGAGUUUUCCUGUUGGUGAAAUCAAUCUAGGUCGAUUCGGUGUACCCAUUGCUAUCAUUUCAGUUGUGUGGCUUUUUAUCACUUCAAUAUUUAUGUUCUUCCCUGCGCAUUAUCCUGUAACAAGAGAUAAUAUGAACUAUGCUAUUGUGAUCAUCGGUGGUGUAGCAUCGAUUGCUACAAUCUAUUGGAUUGUUUCUGCUCGUCAUUGGUUUACAGGUCCUAAGAGAACUCAUGUCGAUUCGAGUUCAUGGCCGCCAGUUUUCAUUGCUACACUUGACAGUAAGAAGGCAAUGCCAUCAUGUGAUAUUAUUCUAAUUCAAUAG